AUGAAGUCUGUUGCUCCCGUCCUUUUCGUACUUCUUCCUUUGGCAACUGCCUUUACCGGAUCGUCUUCCUUUGCCGGUGCGUCCAUCGGAAUUUCGACUGCCAGAGAGGAACAAUCCAGCUUGACGAUGGAAUAUAUUCCUAGUGGAAUGAGCAAAGAACAGUGGCGCAAGGUCAAGGAAGCCGAAAAGUCCAAGAACAACGGCAAGAAUCUCGGAAAGACUGGCAUUACAACCUUCAAGUCCCGGUCUUUUAUGGAUUGGCAAAAAAGCGGUGGCAAGAAUCUUUUCCCAGUGGACCCUACUAAAGUCAAGAGCCCAAAAGACCUUCCUUACAUGCAACGCCCAGGCGGUAUGCCCGAUGAUUCGGACCUGAAAAAACCUAACCCUUUCAGUAACAUGUUUAGCUUUGGUGGCAAGAAGAAGGUGGACGAGCCCGAACCGGAAGAAAAGAAAACCAACUGGUGGACUUUGUAA